AUGGAUAAAAACUCCAAAGCAAAAAAUAAUAACAGCAACAGUACAGAAGAAGAAAUCAAAAUACUACAGUGGAAUAUCAGAGGAAUACAAAGCAACUUCCUAGAACUACAGGUAUUAGUAGCCGAACAACAACCACAAAUAAUAUGCUUACAAGAAACAAAACUAAAUGCAAAUAAACAAAAAGAUAUCAAACAAUAUGUAAACUACUCAAAAGCAGCUGAACCAUCUCAAACAAAUUCAGCUGGUGGAAUAACAACAUAUAUUAAUAAUACAAUAACGCAAUCAGAAAUUAAAAUUAAUCAAAAUUUAAACAUAAUAGUAACAAAAAUAACAACCAACAAAACCAUAACCAUUUGUAAUAUGUAUUUGCCACCUAACACAUUGACAAGAACAGAAGAGAUUCUAAAGAUCCUCAAUGAUCUUCCCAAACCUCUGAUUCUCAUUGGAGAUUUCAAUGGUCACAGUCAUUUGUGGGGGAACAAACGUACAAACCUACAGGGCAAGUGCAUUGAAGAAAUAAUAACACAAGGGGAUAUCCAUCCAAUUAAUAAAGCCUACUGGCCCCACACAUUUUCAUGA